AUGGCCCGUACUAAGCAGACAGCCCGUAAAUCCACCGGAGGGAAGGCUCCCAGGAAGCAGCUGGCCACCAAGGCUGCCAGGAAAAGCGCUCCCGCUACCGGUGGUGUCAAGAAACCUCACCGUUACCGCCCUGGCACGGUAGCUCUUCGGGAAAUCCGUCGCUAUCAGAAAUCCACUGAGCUGCUGAUCCGCAAACUGCCCUUCCAGCGCCUGGUCCGUGAGAUCGCCCAGGACUUCAAAACCGACCUGCGCUUCCAGAGCUCUGCUGUCAUGGCCUUGCAAGAGGCUAGCGAGGCUUACCUGGUUGGCCUCUUCGAGGAUACCAACCUGUGUGCCAUCCACGCCAAGAGAGUGACCAUCAUGCCCAAAGACAUCCAGCUGGCUCGCAGGAUUAGAGGAGAGCGUAUGGCAUACUUGUUACAAUUUGAUACUAUGUUACUGUGUGCCAUUCCAGCCACUGAUAAGGUCCACCCCGACACCGGUAUCUCCUCCAAGGCCAUGGGGAUCAUGAACUCCUUUGUCAAUGAUAUCUUCGAGCGCAUCGCAGGGGAAGCCUCCCGUCUGGCUCACUAUAACAAGCGCUCCACCAUCACCUCCCGGGAGAUCCAGACCGCUGUACGGCUCUUACUGCCCGGAGAGCUGGCCAAACACGCCGUGUCUGAGGGCACCAAGGCAGUGACCAAGUACACCAGCGCCAAAAUGGCCCGUACUAAGCAGACAGCCCGUAAAUCCACCGGAGGGAAGGCUCCCAGGAAGCAGCUGGCCACCAAGGCUGCCAGGAAAAGCGCUCCCGCUACCGGUGGUGUCAAGAAACCUCACCGUUACCGCCCUGGCACGGUAGCUCUUCGGGAAAUCCGUCGCUAUCAGAAAUCCACUGAGCUGCUGAUCCGCAAACUGCCCUUCCAGCGCCUGGUCCGUGAGAUCGCCCAGGACUUCAAAACCGACCUGCGCUUCCAGAGCUCUGCUGUCCACCCCGACACCGGUAUCUCCUCCAAGGCCAUGGGGAUCAUGAACUCCUUUGUCAAUGAUAUCUUCGAGCGCAUCGCAGGGGAAGCCUCCCGUCUGGCUCACUAUAACAAGCGCUCCACCAUCACCUCCCGGGAGAUCCAGACCGCUGUACGGCUCUUACUGCCCGGAGAGCUGGCCAAACACGCCGUGUCUGAGGGCACCAAGGCAUUUGACAGAAUGGCCCGUACUAAGCAGACAGCCCGUAAAUCCACCGGAGGGAAGGCUCCCAGGAAGCAGCUGGCCACCAAGGCUGCCAGGAAAAGCGCUCCCGCUACCGGUGGUGUCAAGAAACCUCACCGUUACCGCCCUGGCACGGUAGCUCUUCGGGAAAUCCGUCGCUAUCAGAAAUCCACUGAGCUGCUGAUCCGCAAACUGCCCUUCCAGCGCCUGGUCCGUGAGAUCGCCCAGGACUUCAAAACCGACCUGCGCUUCCAGAGCUCUGCUGUCAUGGCCUUGCAAGAGGCUAGCGAGGCUUACCUGGUUGGCCUCUUCGAGGAUACCAACCUGUGUGCCAUCCACGCCAAGAGAGUGACCAUCAUGCCCAAAGACAUCCAGCUGGCUCGCAGGAUUAGAGGAGAGCGCGCUUAA